UAUUUCUAUAUAAGCAACCUCAAGCUCAAUCUAAUUAUUCAACAAAAAAAUGUCCACACAAAAGAACCUUUGGCUUUUGCUCUCUAUUUUCUCCCUCAACUUAGCCAUCAUCACAUUAGCCUCAGACCCUGAUCCAGUCCAAGACUUCUGCAUACCAAACCCAAUAUUAGCAUCCAUGAUCAAAACACAUCAUACCUUUCACACCAUUCUCCCAUGCAAAAACUCCUCAGAAGUCAUCACCAAUGACUUUAUCUUCUCCAACAUGAAAACAUCAGGAAACUUCUCAGAAACAGGUUUAGCAGUAAUGCCUGCAAACCCUACAAAUUUUCCAGGUCUCAACACACUAGGAAUGUCAUUUGCAAGAACAGAUAUUGAAAUUGGAGGAAUCAAUCCACCACAUUUUCAUCCAAGAGCCACUGAACUAAUUCAUGUGAUUCAAGGAAAAGUGUAUUCAGGUUUUGUUGAUUCUAACAACAAGGUUUUUGCUAGAAUACUUGAACAAGGUGAGGUUAUGGUGUUUCCUAGAGGACUUGUUCAUUUUAUGAUGAAUGUUGGUGAUGAAGUUGUUACUUUGUUUGGUAGUUUUAAUAGCCAGAAUCCUGGAUUGCAAAAGAUACCUUCUGCUGUGUUUGGUUCAGGGAUUGAUGAGGAGCUUUUGCAAAAAGCUUUUGGAUUGAGUUCUAAACAGAUUGGAACCAUGAAAAGAAAAUUAGAUCCUAAACAAGAAAGGUAGAUUAGUAGUUAAUGGAAGUCAUAUUAUCCAUUGUUACAUUUCAGUUUCAGAGUUCGAGUCUUAUUCUAUGUAGCAUCAACACUUCAAAUCAAAGAUGUAUUUAAUGUCCGACACGUGUCAGUAUAUGUUACUAGUUUAAACUUGUCAAUGCCGUGUGUGUGAUGCCGUGUCUAUUUUAUUGUUUCAUAUGUUGGGUUUUAGUUUCUCUUUUACUUCUUUCUUUGUUUUGGGAGUUUUCAACCCUUCUCCAAUUUUUUUUGUGUCUAUGCAUGUGUUAUUGACUUGUUGUAAUAUUACAGUACUUUAAGUGAAGAAUGAUGUGCAGAUAUGAUGA